AUGUUCUCGCAGUGCCCCGCGUCAUCUCAGCAGCCGGUCGACGGCGUCCUCGACCCGGACGAGCUGCCCUACGACGACCCGACCGGGCUCUGCGGCAUCCACAGCGCCGCGGCGCUGACGAGCCUCCUGCAGCUGCUGUUCAGCUCGGCGGCGCUGCGCUUCUUCCAGACGGCGGUGACCUUCGGCGCCCUCACGCCCGCCGGGCUCUUCGUGCCGUCCCUGUUCGUGGGCGGCUGCAUAGGCCGGGCUUUCGGCGCGGUCCUGCAGUUCGCGGGCGCCACGUCGGGGCGUGGCGUCGUGGAGCCCGGCAUCUACGCCAUGGUCGGCGCCGGGGCCGUCCUGGCGGGCGUGUCGCGGAUCACACUCUCGCUG